CAAUGGCAACUCAUUCAAUCCAUUUCAUUGUGCUUAUCCCUUUUAUUGUUGUUAGUGUGUUGAUGUUUCAUAACCAGAUGGUUUUAGGCCAAUGCCAAGGUGACCUUCAAGGUUUGAUACAACAAUGCUCGCAAUAUGUUCAAAAAUCUGGGCCACAAAUUGCACCAUCUCAAUCAUGUUGCAGAGUUUUAAAGACUGUUGAUCUUCCUUGUGUCUGCCAUUAUAUCACUCAAGAUGUGGAACAAAUUGUUAGCAUAGCAAAAGCUAUUUAUGUUUCUAGCUUUUGCGGAAAACCACUGCCUCAUGGAACCAAAUGCGGAAGUUAUACAGUUCCAUAAAGUUCAAUAAAGAAAACAAGUAUAAUAAAGUUAUAUGGAUGGCUUGUUCGAUCAUCGUUCUUUUGUAUGUCUAUGACUAUGGAAAAAAAUUUAUAAUAUGUACUAAUGAUGAAAGUUUGUUAUUUUCUGUUCAGCAAUUACAUGUGUUAUUACA